AAUAAUUUGCUCACUUUUAACUCUUUUAAGGUAAAUGAGCUGAACAUGACUGAACUACAAGGAGAUGAUUGGGACUUACCUUGCUCAGACGACGAGCUCUCCAAAACGGGAACAACUAUCGGCAAAAACUGGAUCCUGGAGGCGUCGGAGCUAGAAGAACUAUACAAUAAAAUAGAUAAAAACGGCACUUUGCCUCUAGAAUGGAAGUGUCCUGGUAGGCGAGCGCUUUCGCCUGUAAAUAUUAAAAAAGAAGCUAAAAUUGAAGUACCACAGUCACCAGUAAAAGAAGAGAAGUCAGAUUUUGACUUCAUGGAUGAGGUUAGUUCGCUAAGACUGCGGGUGAGACGGGAAGGGGAGGAUACGUUACGGGGUUCAGCUAAGAAGAAGACAACAUCAUUUGAUGGUAUUCUGUCAAACAUGAUCAGGCACAAACGUAUAGAGCAAAUGGAGAAACAGGCGAACACGCCGACUGUGUCGGCUCCGAGCACCUCCUGACCUUUACCGAGUACUAGGAGCAGGCACAAUCUUCGGAGGACAUAGUCUUGUGUCACCAGAGUUUCUUUCAGUCAUAAAUAUUAAAGAUAUAUCUAAAUGAAAUAGUUGAAAGACAAAUAGGGAUCGGAUACCGGUAUUUUUUGUAUAGGAAAGAAACCGGUAUUUGUUCAAUCUUUGUUAAUUAUUUCAUUUUUAAUAGUGCAAUCUAAUAAUACAAAGUUGUUACCUAAAAACACAACUGAGAUAAAACAGUUUGAAAUAUAUGAUUAUUCCAAAGUUUUUGCAAAAAACCUGUUCCGAUCCCUGGUUUGAGAGAUUAUUAUCCUUCUUCUGCUAUAUUUUGUCCAGUAUACCCAUUAGUUUAUCUCAACAAUGUAAACCUCGCGUUAAGCUAAGAAAAUGUAAAAAUAAAAUAUGUUUAGUUCAUAAUAUUGUCUUCGGUUACCGCGAUAGUUACUCAUGAAAUAAAAUUAAAAAAGUGAAAGUAAAAUUAAAUUUGUAAUAUAUAAAUUGAAAUAAAUUCAAUAUACGCGAAAUAAUCCGUUUUAAUAGUUUUAUUUCAUGAAAUACUUAGUUCAUUGAGUCAGUAUCACAGUGAACUCAAAGGUCUUAAGCACUAUAGACGCUAUUGGCGCUUAAGUCCUUUAUGCCAAUUUCAGCAUUUUGAAAAAUCCCAAAAACGGGAUAAAAAACUGGCACCAACUGCCAGGUAAAAAAAAAAUUGUCAAUAGUUCUUAGUAUACUCAAACUACCUCAUACUUCAGGGGGCCAUUGUCCUCUGGCAUCACAUAGCAUGUUGGAAGUACAACUGGGCGUUAUAAAUUAGUUAAUUACCCAGUGGGGAGAAAAGUACGCACAUUUUAUGAGUAGUAUUUCUAUAAAUUUACUUUUAAUCGUUUUAAAUUUGGGGCUUUAAUAAAGUUCCUAAUAUUAAAAAUGUUUAAUGUAUUAUAAAGAUGGUGUAUAAUUAAAUAUGGAUGUUAUACAAAAAUAUUUAAUAAAU